UUGCCUUAAACAUUUCCUGCGUCAAAUGAUAAAAUACCAGGAAAGGGCGAGAGAAUGCAUGGAAAUCGCUUGAAGCGCCCGUGACAGAGGAGGAGAGAGAGGGAAAUCACCCGAAGCGCCUGAGAUUUAGAGAGAGAGUCAGAGGUAGGGAGAGAGAGAUCCUGACCAGGUAGAUACAGGGCGUGCAGUUGAUAAAUACAAAGAGAGAAGCCUAAUUGAUUGUGUUCAAAUCGUAGACACCCUCAUCAGGAACAAACGAGAAGGCAAUCCGAUGAGGUUUCUUCAGAAAAAUUAAUGGCGGACCUAAGCUAUAGAAGCGAUCGAUGGUGUUCUGCCCUUUAAUGGGGCGACUUCUGGUUUCAAGUAUAGCAUCCAUAGUGACAAACAAUGUCAAGGCCCAUGGUACUGGUUUUCCUACUAGUUGUUUUGAUCAUCACAUCACAGUUUGAAUGGAAACAACCGCUAGUGAAUGAUGCAGAAUCAAGUCCAAGCAUUUCCCAGAAACAACAAUAUAUUUCAAAGAAAGAAGAAGUUGUUAAGGAAAAGAUAAUUCUAUCUCAAGAAAAAGAUAUACAGAGGCUCAAUGCACUUGUGAAAGAACUUAAAGAGCAGUUAUUACAAUGCAGAGGUAGCAAUUUUACAACAAAUGCCACAGAAAGAGCGGAAUCAACAAAUUUAAGCAGCCUUGAGGAUCCCCAAAUUCUUGAUGACUAGUUUCAAUGUUCUACUCUCUUUGACCUUUUUUGUGGUGGCAGUGAGUUGGGUUUGGUAGAAACCCUACCUGUGUUAGUUUACUGAGUUACAGGGUUAUUUCCAUGUUUCUUUCUCACCCUGUUGUUUGUGAAACUGUAUGCCUUGCACUGUAGGGUCCCUGCUUAAAGGCUUCUAACAUUAAUUAUGCAUCGUUGUAACAUAAUUUAUAAUCAAAUUUGAGUUUGGCUUGUACUUUUUAUGUA